AUGACUAUGCUGAGCUGGAACUGCCAGGGACUGGGCCGUGCAAAGGACCUGGUGAUUCCAAGACUACGGGAGAUACGUCAAGAAUAUUUCCCGGAUAUUUUGUUUUUGAUGGAGACGAAGCAUAGUCGUGAUGAUUUGGUGGAUGUGCAAACUUGGCUUGGCUACGAUAGGAUCAUGACUGUCAAUCCUAUUGGGUACAGCGGAGGUCUAGCCUUGAUGUGGAAGAAUUCUGUAAAUAUCGGGCUUAAGUUUGUAGACAAGAAUCUUGUAGAUUUCGGUGUGAAGUUUGGCAAAGACUCCUUCUUUGUGUCGUGUGUCUACGGUGAACCAAUCCAGGGUAAUAGAGCAAAGGUGUGGGAAAGGUUAUCUAGGAUUGGGGCACAUAGAAAAGACCCAUGGUGUAUUAUGGGGGAUUUCAAUGAGAUAAGAAACAAUGGAGAGAAAAUUGGUGGUCCGCGCAGAGGUGAAGCUUCUUUUCAGGAUUUUAAUGAUAUGCUAGACAUCGGAGAAAUGGUGGAACUUCAGAGCUGUGGUGACAACCUGACUUGGGGAGGUAAGCGUGGAGAUUCAUGGAUAAGAUCCAGACUGGAUAGGUGUUUUGGUAACAAGAAAUGGAUGCAACUCUUCCCAGCUUCUAACCAAGCGUUUCUGGACAAACGAGGGUCAGAUCACAGACCGGUUCUUGUGAGGCUCGUCUCUUCAUCUGAGCCUUUUAGAGGUAGUUUCAGAUUUGAUAGAAGGUUCCUUAACAAUCCGGGGGUCAAAGAUGAGAUCAAGAAGGUUUGGCUAACAAAUCACCCCCUCUUUGAGGCCAAGAUUUCCGAUAAACUUAAAAGAUGCAGGAAGGCUCUGAGCAAAUGGAAAAAAAAGGAAAACCUAAACUCCAGAGAUAAGAUCAAACAGAUUCAAGUGGCUUUAGAGUCUGAACAGUCUUCAAGUUUCCCUUUGGCCAGGAGAGUCAACUAUCUGAAAGAGGAGCUGAUCAAAGCUUACAAAGAGGAAGAGCUGUAUUGGAAGCAGAAAAGUAAAGAUCGAUGGGCUGUUAAAGGUGAUCUGAACACGAAGUACUAUCAUGAGUCGGUAAAGUCAACCAGAGCAAAGAACAGGAUCAUCAAACUGAUGGAUGAGAAUGGGCAAGAGCAGUUCUCUGAAGCGGCCAAGGCAGAAGUGGCCAAUGAUUAUUUCAAGAAUCUGUUCAGGUCCUCAAAUGAUACAGACUUCAGUGAACUCUUUGAUGGUUUCUCUCCUCGGGUGUCACUGGGGAUGAAUGAAUUUUUAACAAGAGAGGUUACGAAUGAGGAAGUCAGAGAAGCAGUUUUCGCUAUCAAGCCUGGUAGUGCUCCCGGUCCUGACGGUAUGACAGGCAUGUUCUUCCAGAAAUAUUGGGACACGGUGGGAGUACAGGUUACUAAAGAAGUGCACCAAUUUUUCCUCUCUGGAGUCUUCCCGGUUGACUGGAACUACACUCAUCUCUGCCUUCUUCCAAAAACUCAGGAUCCAACCUUGAUGACCGACCUUAGACCAAUAAGCUUGUGUUCAGUCUUGUACAAGAUUAUUUCGAAGAUUAUGGUCAGCAGAUUGAAGCCUUUCUUACCUGAUAUUGUCUCUCCCACGCAGUCAGCCUUUGUCGAGGAAAGGCUCAUAUCUGAUAACAUCCUAAUAGCUCAUGAGAUGAUUCAUGCCCUGAAGACGAAUGACAAAGUGGCCAAAGAGUUCAUAGCCAUCAAAUCCGACAUGUCAAAAGCCUAUGACAGAGUCGAAUGGAGUUACCUGAGAGCGCUUCUUAAUGCGUUGGGCUUUGAUGGGGUUUGGAUCGAGAGAGUUAUGUUCUGUGUCACCACGGUAACAUACUCCACCUUGAUUAAUGAUCAACCGUUUGGAUGCAUUCAACCUGAGAGGGGAUUAAGGCAAGGGGAUCCUCUUUCUCCCUUCUUGUUUGUCCUAUGUACGGAAGGCCUUAUCCACAUGAUUGAACAAGCGGUGGGACAAGGAAAGCUGCAAGGUAUCCAAUUUUCAGAGGAAGGUCCAAUGAUCCACCACAUGUUGUUUGCUGAUGACAGCCUGAUGUUGUGUAAGGCGUCUCUUAGCCAAGUAUCCGAGUUGAUGAAGAUCCUUCAAGUCUAUGAGAAAGCCACAGGACAGAAAGUCAACCUUGACAAAUCAGCUAUCACUUUCGGAGCCAAGAUUGAUGAGAUAUCGAAGCAAUUUCUUAAAGACCUCACAGGGAUAGUGAAAGAAGGAGGGACGGGGUCUUAUUUGGGCUUGCCGGAAUGCUUCAGUAGAUCAAAAACUGAGAUGCUUGCUUACAUCUACGACAGGAUCAAGGACAGACUCUCUUGCUAUUUUGUCAAAUUACUGUCGCACGGAGGGAAGGAGGUUCUUAUUAAGGCAGUGGCCAUGGCAAUGCCGGUCUAUGCGAUGUCCUGUUUCAAACUAACCAAGAAGUCGUGUGAGAAUUUAUCUAAAGCUAUGGCUGACUUCUGGUGGAAUUCUAUGGAGCACAAAAGGAAGAUUCAUUGGCUCAGUUGGACGAAAAUGUCGCUGGCUAAAGAACAGGGGGGUCUUGGAUUCAAAGAUAUUCAGUUGUUCAAUCAAUCCUUGCUAGCCAAGCAAGCUUGGAGAAUCCUAAACUAUUCGGAAUCGCUUUUUGCUAGACUGUUCAAAAGUAGAUACUUUGAGAAUGGAAAUUUCCUCUCUGCUGGUAACGGACCACGGCCAUCCUAUGGUUGGCGAAGCAUCCAGUUUGGCAAGGAACUGCUACAACAAGGCAUUAGAAAACGGUUGGGCAAUGGAAAUUCCAUCUCGGUGUGGGUAGAUGAAUGGAUAGAAGGUGAAGUGAGAAGAAGGCCUCUAAUGAAGAAUAUUUUUGUUGAUCUAAUGCUCAAGGUUAGUGAUCUCAUCGAUGCUAAUAACAACUGUUGGAAGGUGGAGACCCUCAGAGAGUUGUUUUUUGAGGAGGAUGUUGACAGAAUCAUCAAGAUGAAGAUUGUGUCCAAUCACGAUGAUUUCUGGGUAUGGGUUCAUAACAAGAAUGGCAGUUAUUCAGUGAAGUCGGGGUAUUGGUUCAUUAAUAGGCUGAGGAAAAGCGAAUUAGUUAGAGAGGCUGAGGCAAGACCUUCCCUAAAUGAUCUUAAGGGAGCGGUGUGGAAGAUCAAAACAGCUCCAAAAAUUAAAACUUUCUUCUGGAAAGCUUUAAGCAAUGCAAUUCCAGUUGGGGAGCUGCUGGUACUGAAGGGCGUCAGAUUGGAUCCGUGUUGUCAAGCCUGUGGUUUCAAUGAUGAAUCUAUUAACCAUAUUUUGUUUGACUGCUCCAUUGCUAGACAAAUUUGGGCUUUAGCAAAUGUGCCAUCACCUAUGAACGGCUUCGAUAAGGUAUCUCACUUCUCCAACUUGCAUUAUGUUAUGAGCCUGUUAUCCAACAACAAGGUGGCUGAGGAAAUAAGGAAUAUGAUCCCUUGGAUAGUGUGGUAUUUAUGGAAAACUAGAAAUGGGAUCAUCUUUGAAGGAAAGGCCUUUGUGGCACAUGAUGUGGUGAGUAAAAUCUCGGAGGAAGCUGAGUUUUGGUGGAUGGCGCAGAAGCUGGAGAAAGAGAAAGAAGAGGAGGAGAGGAAGAACAGAAAGAUGGUGCAGAAGCGUUGGGAAAGACCCUGUGCAGGAUGGUUAAAGUGCAACAUUGGGGUUGAUUUUGACAAACAAAAUUCAAGAAGUGGAGGAGCUUGGGUGGUAAGAAACGAGAUGGGCAAAGUGUUGUUACAUAGUCGUCAAGUUUUUUGCAACAUUGAUUCUCUGGAUGAAGCUAAAUUUCAAGGUCUGCUAUGGACCCUUGACGGUCUCUGUUCUCAUCGUCUUAACAGGGUUAUGAUUGCAAUCGAUGAUGACACUUUGACGAAAGUAAUUUUAAGACCAAAGGCAUGGCCAAGCUUCAGAGCUCAAUAUAUGGAGAUUGAGAGAAGACUGAGAAGAAUGGAAUGGUGGAGGAUGGUAAAAGAAGAAAGAUCAACUAACAGAGGGGCUUUUCUUAUAGCUCAGAGUGCAGCAAGGGGUGGUUUUAUCCAAUCGUAUGUGGCAAUUGGUGGUCCCUUUUGGCUGAGUCAGCUUUUUGAGAAUGAGGAAGUUCUCCAUGUUAUUAGCUGA